UCUACUUGAAACAGCUCUAAAUUUGGCGUAAUGCACGGUCCUGGAAAGUCAGACAGUUUGAAGUUUGACCGGAGGGACAGCUCGCCCUCUUCUGAAUUACGGCCCGUUUCAGCGCUUGCAUCUAAUACCUGCCCCACCAUCCGCUCUCUCGACGGAACUAUACACAUAUAGACUACUUGACCGAUAGCUUGACAACGCGCUCGCGCAGCUUUGAAGCGCGACGCCGACCGAAUUCGUUUCGCGGUUCCUGUGCCUCAAGUCUUUGGCGCAUCCUUUCCCAGCAUCCUUGAGCUUGUGAUCUGGCCAGAAUAAAUGGUAUCAACGCGAAGCGGGCGAGUAAUCAGCACGGAUGUGGCACCGGGCACUGGCCGCGUGACUCGGAGCAAGGCGAGACACCAAGAUGAGCUAGACGCUAUUGCAGAUGCAAUUGGACAGCCCGAAAUUAAUUCGCCAGAACCAGCGCCCCAGCCCCAGCGCCAAACUCCCAGCCAAGCUCAGCGGACCCCGGUGGCCUUUGGAUCGCCAGCGCAAAUGUCUGGGACGCCGCUCACCGAGCGUGUGGUAAAGAGUGUUGGAAAGACGCCUGCCCCGGGAAAGACGCCUGGCAAGGGCGAUGUGAAGAACUUGGCCUCAAUGCCGCUGCCAGAUGAUGGUGAUGAGACGGAACCAUUCGCUUCCUCGGAGGACGAGCAGCCGCGCUCGCAGCCGACCUCCCCGGGGCCCAAGCUGACGCCACCCCCGCGUGCAGCUGCGCCCCGCGCGCCGGCCCCGCAGGCCCGCGGCGCUAGCAGCAGCUCCGGCAUGUUUGGCUUCUUCUCUCUGACCAGCAUCCUAGUCACGAUGGUGCUGGCGCUGGUGCUGGCGCCCUGCGCCGACCCGGAGCUGUUCACCACCAUGCGCAAAGCCACAGCGCACUACGAGCCGCUGUGCAGGAACGUGGUGGGCCUGCAGGCCAAGGCCGCAGAGCUGCUGGCGGACGCGAAGUGGCAGGCUAGCCAGCAGGCGCGCGACCUGCACGCCAAGCUGCCGCCCAACGUGCAGGAGCUGCUGGCGAAGGCGGCGGAGCCGGUGCAGCAGGCGCACGCCGCUGCACUGCCCCUGUUCAACAAGUACGCGGCCGAGGCGCAACAGCGCCUGGACCCCAUCGCUGAGAAGGCCAAGGCGGCCUGGCGUGACGCCUCCCGCGAGACCCUUACACGUGCCGCACCACUGCUGGAGCAGGCUCUCAAGGCUGCCGGCCUGACCGCCCCCCAGCCCGCUGCGCCCGCCCCCGCAGCCGCGGCCAGCCCCGCCCCCGCGACCCCGCCUCCCCCGCCCGCGCCCAAGCCGGUCCCUAUCACUGUCCUGGGCCUGUCUGAGAUGAACGGCAUCGUGGAGGACAGCGCCAGCGUGCGGCAGUACCUGUCGGAGCUUUGGGACGCUGCAGCAGUGCAGGUGGCCUCCAAGCGCAAGGCCGUGGUCUGGGUCCUCGCCUGCCGGUCCGAGGGUGAGUGCGGCGCUGCGGAGGCCAAGUUCUUCGACGCCAAAUCCUUCUACCGCAUCGACGGCGGCUUCUACAGCACGCCCGGCUCCGCCGGCUCGCUGCAGAGCGAGCUGACCACCUACCUGCGCGGCGAGCAGGCGGGCCUGGUGCUGGUGGGCAGCCCCAGCCGCCUGCACCCCAACGCCGUCAAGGUUCUGAACGACGCUGUCAGCGAGGGCGGCCACCUGACUCAGGACGGCGUGCCGGUGGUGACGCACCGCGCGCUUUACGUGGUGCUGGCGGACGUUCCGGGUGUGGACGUGCACGACGAGGCGGCGGUCAAGGACAAGCUGUGCGCCGACAUCGCGGCCGCGGGUGACGGCGACGACGCGUCGGCUGCUAUCGUCCGCAGCUUCCGCCGCCGCCUGGACGCCGUGCUGCCGGCCCGCGAGGAGCAGGGCGGCGCACCUGCCUUCCGUGUGGUGACGGAGGAGGGCAAUGCGGAGGAGUAAGGCAACCAGGCGUUGUCAUGACGUGGCCCAGGGCAUAGAGCUUAGCGAUGGCGCAUGCAGAUGCACGAGGCAGCCAUCUGUACGGCCCGGGGUGUCGUGGGUAUAGGAUGAAUGUUUAGUGCCGCUUUGCAUAAGUGGCUACUAUGGGAUGGGGAUUGAGGACCAAAGCCUGGAUUCGCUGGUUGUCCAUCCGCGCCAGUUGCGCGCAGGAUAACCAGCGAUAUGUGCGAUCUAGAGUUGUGGAUGUACUCCUUAUGAAUGGUGGAAUACCCGGACAUACUCAUUUUGCACGGUGCUGACGGCAGCGGUGAGCGAGACGCGUUUGGAUGGCCGCCGGGGGUCUGGGUGUGCGUGUCUGGGUGGGGGAGGGGGGGGCAGGCUAUGCGACGAUAUGGCCCAAGCCACGUCAUUUCUGAGGCCUGUUCAUAUGUAACUGGCUGUAACGGAGUUGCACU